GAAGGAGUUUAACAGAUCUGUCAACCCGGUUUUCAGCCGCAUAGCAAUGAAAGCUCUUCAGGAUUUAAAGCUGGACAAGAGAACUUUGAGUUUGGGACUUUCUUCACUCUCAUCAGGGAAUGAAACAAACAGCAAAGGGAGAAGAUGAUCUGCAGGAUCCUUCUGCUCAUCAGCCUGACCUCCUGUGUCUCUGGAACAUUUGUAGUGAACGUGACACAGACCUCCUAUCAGGCAGAGGAGAACCACAACAUCACACUGGAAUGGAUGUUUACAACCAAACCUGACAGUUCCUCCACCUCACUGAAUAUCUACUGUGAACUGUUCACUGAUCACAAUGACCCAGUCCUGUAUCAUGUACAUGAGGGUGUUGAGGUCCCAGAGUCUCAGGAUGAACAGUUUGCAGGACGAGUUCAGUGUGACAACGACGCUCUCAGAGAAGGACGAAUCAGACUUCAUGUGUCCAGACUCAGGACUGAAGACUCGGGUCUGUACAUAUGUGAAGUGAAAACAAAUGAUGGUUGGGGCUCUGACAGAUGCCACCUCAAUGUCACUGCAGCUGUUGAUCAGCCAGAACCUCAGAAACCUACUGAGAGACCACAACCAGAGAGUCGGGACAGGAUCGGCUUCUAUGUUGGACUGACAGUAGCUGGACUCGCUGUCUGUGCUGGACUCUGCUUUGUCUUCAUACUUUGUUUUAAUCCUGGUGGGAGAGAACAUGCAGUGGAACAUGAGUUAGACAACAUGGGAGAAGAUGAUCUGCAGGAUCCUUCUGCUCAUCAGCCUGACCUCCUGUGUCUCUGGAAUAUUUGUAUUGAAAGUGACUCAGACCUCCUAUCAGGCAGAGGAGAACCACAACAUCACACUGGAAUGGAUGUUUACAACCAACCCUGA